GAUGGAGGCGAGUCUUAAAAGUUUCUUCAGGAUAGACCAGCUCCCUUCAGACGCAUCUGGACCACAGCAGCAGCAGCAGCAGCAGCACCGGAUCAUGGAGACUUAAAUCCGCAACCCAUGUGCACGACGGUGUCACCGGCUCUAUUUCCCGCGGAGAGCAGCCGGCGCCCACCCACGCACACGCAGACAGACGCGCACUCCGCUCGCCCUCCGCCGUGAGAGCGCACAGCGGGUGGGGGAACCAAGAUGAACAUCCAGGUGGUGCCCGAACACAAGCUGUCGUCGGUGGCCCCGCUCAAGCAAUGCAACGUGGAGAAGAAGGAGGUCGAGCUCCUGCUCGUGAAGGACCAGAACGGCGUCCAGUACACCAGCGCCUCCAUCGUCCCGGCGCCCGGUCAACACGCGGGGACACCCGGUUCCGAGUCCGAGGAGGAGCGGGAGCUAUGGGGCAAGAAGAUUGACUUUCUGCUCUCGGUUAUUGGCUUCGCAGUUGACUUGGCUAAUGUUUGGAGAUUCCCUUACCUGUGCUACAAAAACGGAGGGGGAGCCUUUUUGAUCCCUUACAUUCUUUUCUUGGUCAUCGCGGGGAUGCCAUUGUUCUACAUGGAACUGGCUCUGGGCCAGUAUAACAGGGAAGGGGCGGCCACGGUGUGGAAGAUAUGCCCCGUCUUUAAAGGUGUGGGCUACACGGUGAUCGUCAUCGCCCUUUACGUGGGCUUCUACUACAACGUCAUCAUUGCCUGGUCGCUCUACUACCUGUUCUCCUCCAUGACCAGAGAGCUGCCUUGGCUCAGAUGCGACAACAGCUGGAACAGCCCCAACUGCACCGACCCCAAGGCCAUCAACGGAUCGGUCCUGGGCAACGGAACCUCGUACGCCAAGUACAAGAUCACACCGGCGGCAGAGUACUAUGAACGGGGUGUCCUGCACCUGCAUGAGAGCAGAGGGAUUGGGGACCUGGGCCUCCCUCGCUGGGAGCUGACGUUGUGCUUGGUGGUGGUGGUCUUUAUCCUCUACUUCAGCUUGUGGAAGGGCGUCAAGUCCUCUGGAAAGGUUGUCUACAUCACGGCCACCAUGCCCUACGUGGUCCUUUUUGUGCUGCUGAUCCGAGGAAUCACCCUGCCGGGGUCCAUGGACGGCAUCCGAGCUUAUCUCCACAUCGACUUCAAGAGGCUCAACAAUCUGGAGGUGUGGAUCGAUGCAGCCACCCAGAUAUUUUACUCCCUGGGCGCAGGCUUCGGGGUGCUCAUCGCCUUUGCUAGCUACAACAAAUUUGACAACAACUGCUACAGAGAUGCUCUGUUGACCAGUACGGUCAACUGCGUCACCAGUUUCUUCUCAGGGUUCGCCAUCUUCUCCGUCCUCGGGUACAUGGCGUACAAACACGGCGUGAAGAUAGAAGACGUGGCGACCGAGGGGGCAGGAUUGGUGUUCAUCAUCUACCCAGAAGCCAUUUCUACCCUUCCCGGCUCAACAUUUUGGGCUAUUGUGUUUUUCAUCAUGCUGCUGACUCUCGGCAUCGACAGUUCGAUGGGCGGCAUGGAGGCGGUCAUCACAGGCCUGUCGGAUGACUACAAGAUCCUAAAGAGGAACAGAAAGCUCUUCACCUUCGCCACGGUCUUCGGGACCUUCCUGCUCGCCCUGCUUUGCAUUACUAAUGGUGGAAUCUACGUGCUGACUCUGUUAGACAAGUACGCCGCCGGGACCUCCAUCUUGUUUGCGGUGUUGAUCGAAGCCAUCGGAGUGUCGUGGUUUUACGGAGUGGAUCGCUUCAGUGAAGACAUAGAGCGAAUGAUGGGCUUCAAGCCAGGACUCUACUGGAGGCUCUGCUGGAAAUUUGUCAGCCCAGCUUUUCUUCUGUUUGUGGUCAUCGCCAGCACAGUGACCUCCUCAGGCCUCAAGUACGACGACUACGUCUUCCCCCGUUGGGCCAACGUGAUUGGCUGGGGCGUGGCCAUGUCCUCCAUGAUAUUCGUCCCGGUCUACGCCGUGUACAAAUUCUGCAGCGUGCCAGGAACCUUCAAAGAGAGAAUCGCCUAUUGCAUCACUCCUGAACACGAACAUCACUUGGUUGCGGAAGGAAAUGUACGACAGUUUAAACUCAGUCACUGGUUGGCCAUUUGAUGAACAGGCACAUUCCUCGCAUCCAUCCAUCCAUCCCUGCGUCUGUUACUGUGGAGUCAACCAGGCAAGGAGGACAUUUAGCUUGUUUUCUGUUUUUUCAUAGUUCCGUUUUCCAACAGUUAGCAUCUAGCACUUUGACAUCGAAGUAGAAUAAAACAUCAAUAGAUGGCUGACGUAUUAUGGGUUUUAAAAAAAAUACCGUAAAUGCUCCAAUUUUAACUGAAAAGAAGACGAUCAAAAAUGCAGACAAUUCCUGAGUAACACAUGAACUUUUUAUCUUGAGUAAUACUUUGGGGUGCAUGAGAAAGCGGUCGUUUGUAAGGCAUGAAGUAAUGCUUGUAAAUGUAUCGUUCACUUUAACAUUUUGAAAAGGGCCUUCUACCUGUUGCUAACCUCAGGCCUGGUACUUGAGACCGAAGCGGAGGCUUUUUUUAAACCAUAUUUUAAAUGAAAAUGCUAACAAAAACUAACAGCUUAGCAAGCUAUCAACCUACGUGACUAACUUGUGAUAACUAUUACAACUUUUAUUAGCAGUUAUCAGUUACAAAAGUUAUUUGUGUUCACGUCUAAAGAUGAGAACCAUAGAAAAAUCCAAGAGUGCGAACAAAUUUGAAACAAAUGUGCUCGUCUGUUGCUGGUGUGAAAGCAUGGAAUUCUCUAAGAAAUACUUAAAAAGUUGCAAUAAUAUAUUUGGAUUUAAAUAGAGUUACAAAAAGAGACAAUGAUAUCAAAGGAUUUUUGAUUUUGAUCGGGACGUGUCAUUGUGAAAAUGCUUAAACGAAAAUUUAAAAAGUAUGUUGGAGUUUGGGUGUUGGGGGAGGGAAGAGUGGUGAAGCAACCUAAAAUAAUUUGUGUUGAAAAAGAGGGCAGAUGAAUUUAAGCAUAGUAUUCUUCCAUAUGCUCCUUUCUGAUCAUGGAAAUGUGUAAGAAACAAAAAACAAUGAAAGUGUCAACUGUUUGUGACUGAUGAUGAUGAUGAUGAUGAUGAUCGGUAUGAAAAAUGGAUCAUUACUAUGUUUGGUCCUAUGUAAAAUGCUGCAAAAAAGAAGAUAAAAAGACUAGAUUUUAGGAAAAAAAAUACUAAAAACUAGUGAAUCUAACUAUCUGCAUGGGCAGAUGAUUUUAGCUGUGUAGGCGUCCUAAAUUAAGAUCUGUACAUCUAAAAAUUUGUAGGACUUUUAAUUUGGAAAAUUAGAUUCCAGAAAACACAGAGUGAGAUGUUCUACCUCUUGUGCGAAACACAAACGCACAACAUGACUCAAACACUUUAAAAUAACCAGUAAAACAUCCAAAAACACAACAACCAACCUCCAAAACAUUAAAAACGACUCCAAAACACAUAAAAUGACUCCGAAGAGAUGCACAGUGACAUCUAAAACGUAAAUUACUCCUAAAACACAAAACAAGACUCCUAAAACACAUAAUAAGACUCCUAAAACACGUACAAAAACCUCAUAAAACACGUAAAAAUACUCCUAAAAACACGUAAAAAGACUCCUAAAACAAAUUAAAAACAGAAUGAGGUGUUUGCAUCCUUUGCGAGCACAUACACUUGGUGGCCUUGUAGGUGAACAGUGAACGUGAAUGGAAGACUUGAAGGAUAACAUUUUAUUUUAUUCUGAAAAUAAGCAUUAUUCAACUUGUAAUUCUUAAAUGAAGCGUCCUCGAUGUUGCAGAAUCUAUAUUAAAUUUAAAAAAAGGAUUUUUUAUGUGUGGGGAAAAUCCAAAAUAUCAUAUUUGAUUACGUAUUCUCUUAAUUUAAAAAUGUUUAACUAGAAUAGGAAAAUAUAUAAUCAUCCAUGCUAAAAUUAAGAUUAGUCAAUGACUAAAAAAUUAAGUAAAUAGCUGUUAAAAAGAAAGGUGACUUCUUGAAGUCCAAUUUUAAAGUAAGUAAAAAGUCAGUAAGUAAGUAAAGUCCUAAUUGAUCCUAAUAUUUGGUUUGGGAGAUUCCCCCCAAAAUUGUGACGUUUGCAAGCUAACAUGCUAACAUGCUAUGUGGCUACAUUGUGAAAAUAUGGGAACAUCUCUUGCUCGCAUGGUAUAAUGUACAGUUAAAGUAAAGUUAAAGUACCAAUGAUUGUCACACUCAUACUAGAUGUGGCCAAAUUAUUCACUGCAUUUGAUCCAUCACCCUUGAUCACUAACUGGUAGGUGAGGGGGGCAGUGGGCAGAGGCGGUGCCGCGCCCGGGUAUCAUUUUUGGUGAUUUAACCCCCAAUUCCAACCCUUAAUGCUGAGUGCCAAGCAGGGAGGCAAUGGGUCCCAUUUUUUUAUAGUGUUUGGUAUGACUCGACCGGGGUUUGAACUCACGACCUUCCGAUCUCAGGGGGAACACUCUAACCACUAGGCCACUGAGUAGGUUUGCUUAAGUGCUGAAUCUUAAUGUAAUAUGCAAAAUGCUAAAGCUAGCUUCGACCAGGAAAGGAAUUAAGUAUGAGAACUCCCAGUAUGUCCUAAUUGAUACCGUUUUUUUGACUUUGGGAUGAUCACCCAAAAAUGUCAAUGCUCGGAAGAUAACAUAUUUUGCUUGAAAAAGUGCUAAAUAUUAAUGUGAUAUGCAAAAUGCUUACGCUAGCACCGAGCAGGAUAGAAACUAAGUUUGUAACUAAUCACAAUUUUGACUUUGGGAAAAUCCCCCCUAAAGUCAUCCUACCUGGCUACAUUGUGGUAACACGGGGACAGCUUUUCUCGCAAUAUGUUGAUGCUAAAGUGCUAAAUUUGAUUAGCAAAAGGCUUAAAUACACGUCUCAGUUACUUCGAUUCAGUCAGGAGUUUGGCUAUGAAAUUCAAAAGCUGGCUCUCAGCAGGACAGGUCCUAACUUAUAUAGAUUUGAAAUUUGGUAAGAUCUCUCUAAAAUAUAAAUGCUAACAAUAAUAUUAUAGGAGCCGGCAAGCUGGCAGCUAGCAUGACAUAUACCUGCGUGCAUACUUCCCAACCCUCCCGGAUUUUCCGUGAGACUUCCGAAAUUCAGCGCCUCUCCCGAAAACCUCCCAGGACAAAUUUUCUCCCGAAAAUCUCUCGAAAUUCAGGCGAAGCUGGAAGCCACGCCCUCUCCAGCUCCAUGCGGACCUGAGUGACGUGUCGACAGCCUGUUUUCACGUCCGCUUUCCCACAAUAUAAACAGCGAGCCUGCCCAUUGACGUUAUACCUGUAGAAUGAUCGACGCCGAGUUCUUGGUUUCUUAUGUGUGUUUAUUGUUAGGCAGUUUCAUUAACGUCCUCCCACCGCGAUAACAACACACAACAACAGCAGUCAAGUUUUCGUCUAUUGUACAGCAGUUCGUCUGCCGUAAACAGCAAUGCUGUGACACUCUUAAACAGGACAAUACUACCAUCUACUGUACAUGUGACAGUAACAUCUACGGCAGGAGUCACCAACCUUUCUGAAACCAAGAGCUACUUCUUGGGUACUGAUUAAUGCGAAGGGCUACCAAUUUGAUACACACUUAAAUAAAUUGCCAGAAAUAGCCAAUUUGCUCAAUUUACCUUUAACUCUAUGUCAUUAUUAUUAAUUAAUGAUAUUUAUCUUUGUGGAAAUACUGAUCAUCUUAAUGAUUUCUCACAAUAAAUAUAUAUUUUUUGCACAUCUGCACUUUUCUAGCUGUAAAUAUACUCCUCCACUCUUAACCACGCCCCCAACCACACCCCCUUCCCACCCCCCAAAAACGUAGGUCUCAAGGUUGGCAAGUAUGCCUGCGUGGGUAGUUUGUGAUAACAUGGGAACAUCUGUUCCUUCGAUAAAUGGUUGCUUAAGUGGUAAAUGGGGUAUGCAAAAUGCUCCAAAGUUCCACGGAAUAUUAUCAAAUAUAAAUAUAAACAAGAAUAACAUGCAUGACUUUCACACCAACAACAGGAAAAUAAAGCUCAUGGAUUCUGACCACUUAUGAUACCGCAAAUGCAGCUACUGCCACCUUGUGGUGUUACUCCAUAAUGACAUCAGGGGGUUGCCUACAGCCAUUUUUUGACCCUUUGCCGGCCAAAGAUUUUAAUAGACCAGGUGAUUGAAUAGAGGCAUUAAUUGGUGCAUUCACGGUAUUACUUUUUAAUUUCUUUUUUUUUUUUAAAUUGAACUAACUUGAAAAAUGUUGACUGUUAUCUCCUAGAAGGCACUGAAUCAAACAUUUAAACCAAAACCUACAUGUUUAUGUCUAUAUUUUUUACAACAAUAGCCCACAUGCUACUUUACUUUGUGUAUUUUUGUGUUUUUCAGCCUUUACGAUUGUUACAAUUUUAGUUUUACUUUCUAUUUGAUUGUUGUUUUUUUAGGGAGGGGAGGGGGGUAUGUUUUGUUGUCAGUGCCUUAUCGAGCGAGACACUCCAUAUUUUUUUACAGCGGUUAAAAAUCAAAAAACAAAGAAAAAAAAAACAAACUGCUUCGACUCAGGAACCGGCGACGACGUAGAAAAGAGUCUCUUGUAUCCCACCUUAUAAGUCCAGUGCAAGACAAAACAGGUCGCCUUAUUUUUAGUGUCACACUGAAUUACGAAAACAAGACAAGGGAGUAAAAAUGUAUAACUAAAGAAAAAGGAUAAAAAAACCUGACCCUUGGCGUCUAUUAUUAUUAUAAUUAUUGUUAUUAUAAUUAGCGUAUUGUCUGUUCAGUGCCUAUGAGGACUUCCUGUGACUCCAAGGAGUUCUAACAAGAAAGACUGAGUGAUUGUUUUUUUUCUAUAAAGCAGGGUUUCCCCCCCAAAAAACUUUAUUGCCACUGUAUUCUGUGCGUUAAUUAAUAACAAAUAACACGACGGACACUUUUUUAAAUUGAUGACAGUCUUGUUUACUUCAGUGCACACUCCAGAAACCUUAUUUAAUCCUAUUAUUUCUUUGUGUUCUCGGUAAAAAUCACCCCCUGUUUUUGACAUGUUAACCUUUUUUUUUUUUUUAAAUAAUGAUGAAACAUUUUUUUUAUAUUUAUAUCGUGUUACUAAAUCAGUAAUAGUUUGGGCCCUGACCCGCAGAUUGGGGAACCCUGCUGUAAAGUAUGCUGGAUUGUCUUUGCUUUAAUGUAUAUGCAUAUUUUUUUAUCGCCAAAAAAGUGCCAUAAUAAAUAUUAAACUGCUUUGUUUUGUGUUUUUUUUAAUUUUAUUUUGUUUUGUUUGCUAAUUUAUUGACAUUUUACAUUAACAAAAAGGAUUAAAGCCACGGAGUUAAAACAACAACAAGAAAAGUCUAUUAAAUGUGGAGUAUAUUACAAGAUAUUCAAGUAUAUAUUCUUUUGUUAUAUCUAAUCUUGUAUUUAUCAAGCGGUUUAUAACAGAAUGUGAAUGUAAAGUCUUUGAAAUGGUUUUCCUGUCAUAUCACGGUGUUUGAUGUGCUAGCUAACGUUAAAGAAGAUUAAGAAGUGAAACUGUUCUUCAGAGUGAAGGUUCAACACCCUGGCUUUCCUGAACUAUGUUUACAACAAAUAGCGUGUAUCAUAAUAUACUAUAAUGUUACUGUUUGAACGUGAGUGACAAAUAUCUAUGAAGAAGUAUUCAACACUAUGAUAAUAAAGUAUUUCUUCUACACCAA